UAUCAUCUUGAAAAGCCUUUGGUCUUGUUGCCUUUUUUCAACAGAUCAAGAAGCUUCUGAAAUGAUUUUAUUUCAAAAUUAACCCUCCAAUUGUUUUUAAGUACAUCAACAGAUAUGGACAAUCAAACCGACCAGGGAACUACUUUUAUUACAAGUAUGGAUCAUCUAUACUUUAUACAGAACUUGGAAUUUAAGGAACAAAAAAGUGAUGAAACAAAAAGAAAAGCCCUUUGUAAACCGACCUAUAAACACAGUCCUUUAGGAAUUGGAUUUUCUAGUCCUUGUUAUGUUUGAAGUUUUGAUGUAUAUAGAGAGAUAGAGAGAGCGUUGGGUCUUUCUCCAAUGAGCCAAGAAAACAAAGAAAAGUUUAAAAAGGGUCGGUUUCGUUGUUGCCAUGGUUUGGUCGAUAUCCAGCAACCUGAUUCCAUCAAGCUGGCUGCUGUACUAUUGGAGCAACAACUGUUCCUGCAACAAUCCUCCUCUUACACCCCGUCUGGGCAGGAAAUCCCCGAAUGGGUCAGGGACGAAUGUAGGUGUGAAAUCGUCAAGUUUACCGAGGCUUUGCUGAGAGAUGAACUCAACAUGAACCGAACCAAGUUCCUGAUUGUUGUCAAGUUUGGAGCAUUUAUGAGAAAUAACGAUGAUGAUAGUGAGAUGGAGGAGGAGAAGGAGGAUAAAGACGAAGCGAUUUGGACAACGACAUAUAAUGAUGAUUAUAGUGAGAUCGAGGAGGAGGAUAUGGAUGGUGAGACAUUAAUGGAAGCUGGCGAUCAAAUUGGGUUUGUCCCAGCGAGUAAGUCAAGCAUUGAAGCCUUGCAGAAGGUUUCUGGUUUGGGCAACAACAGUGAAUGUAUGAUUUGCCUUGGAAAGAUAAAGGGUGAGGAAUCAGCUAAUCGCAUGCCGUGCGGUCAUGUGUAUCAUGGAGACUGCAUUGUAGAAUGGCUGGAGAAGAGUCAUUUGUGUCCAUUGUGUCGCUAUGCCAUGCCAAUUGAUGAAUGUAUUAAUUUUCAUAUUGUUUUGAAUUACUUAUGAAGCCAAACAACAC